CCCACAAUCAAGUUGUUCCAGUACAAAGCCCCAAGCCCCAAGAUUUAUUGUCUUAGGGUUUAUACCAUCUGCAAAUAUAGAGAGUUUCAUAGACAUUCAAAUCGAGUUCAACCUUUUGUUUGAGGUGUAGCUCAUGGCAUGUUCUCAACGACGUGAUUUCAUGUUCUGCAACUUCUGUGGAACAAUGCUAUCGUUGGAACCAAAGUAUGCCACAUGUCCUUUGUGCAAAUUUAAGAGAAACGCCAAAGAGGUUGCUGACAAAGAAAUAUGUUACACUGUUACUGCUGAGGAUAUUAGAAGAGAGUUGGGCAUAUCUCUGUUCGAUAAGGGGGAUAGUGGAGACAACAGUGUGCAAUGGUCCAAGGUCAAAAAGACUUGUGAAAAAUGUCAAAAUCCAGAGAUGCAUUAUUCAACCAGACAAACAAGAUCAGCAGAUGAAGGACAAACUACUCAUUAUCUUUGCCCUCGUUGUGGUUUCCAAUGUCAAGAGAGUUGAUGCUCAAGUUAUGUUAGGGUUCUGCUCUAUCAUGUGCUGCAAGAAGGGCCUUUUGUGAGCCUGGAAAAGUCCUUAACUUAUUGAAGGCCAAAACUCUGUACUUUUUAACAGAAAUUUUGUGAAAUCUAAAAAUUCAACUGUAUUGCAGUGUUGAAAAUUUUUGUAAUUAAACACUCUUAUGUAAUCGCAGACAGGUAAAUCGGAUGUGGCUAUAUAGAUGAUUUACCCGAAA